AUGAGUGAAAGAAGAAGAUCGUGCUCUUCCACAGCUGAAAAUGACGUUCAUCAAAGAAAUAAUAAUUUAAAUGGUGUUCAUCAACAACAACAGACGAAUACUACUAGUAGUGGAGUAAACUCUCGGAAUAAUAUCGGAAGUAGUCGUAGUGGAAAGAGUAGUAGAAAUUCGGGACUUGGGAUGAGGAGAAGUAGACCUUCGCUUGCCAUCAAAGCUGUUAAUUUUAGUACCUUGUGGGAAAGCUUGGAAAGAGAUUUGUGGAAAAUUUUGUGUGAUCCAUUGAAAGCAAAAUUAACUCACGACAUUGAACAAUUGCAUAAUAUUGUGUACAAACUCAGUACAUGCCAAUGCUAUGAAUUACCUGACCAGACUCUUUUGGCAUUAAAUCCUCAUGCAACUGUUAUUCCGCAAGAAGGUGACAUUCAACCCUAUACUCUCUAUUUUAUGUUUAAGAAAUUAAUUUCUAGAUUUAUUCAAGAAGAAUUAAUUGGGAAAAGAUUAAAAGAUCUGAGAGGAAUUGCAAUGUUGAAACAAUACUCGGAGUGUUGGAAAAAUUUUGUGAUUUCAUGUGAAUUUAUUAACAAGGUAUUUCAUUACUUAAAUACAGAUUGGAUAAACGACAUGGAGUGUAAACGAAAGACUAACCGACAGUCGUACAGUAGUACUUUUUCUGACAAAAACACCACUUCCCUUUUGAAUUUGAAAUUGAUCAAACAUUUUAGCGAAAGUAAUCAUGUCUGCCACACAAGAACCACAUGCUACUUACUUUGGAGAGAAUUAUUUUUUGAGAGGUGUGACAGCAAUUCACAAAAGAAUAUUCAGGAUAUUGUAAAUAUUGACCGACAUUUUUAUUCAACGAGUAGUAAGGAAAGCCCACGCACACAAGACCUGGAUGAAAAUUCACCAUUAUUGGAAGAGGUAGUCUAUUUCGACAAAUACCUGCUGUACCAUACUAUUUUGCAAGAAAUUGAAAAGGACAGGAAUGUACACUCGCCAAUGAGAUCAAAAUCACAACUAUCCUCAUCGGUAGAUGAAUAUUAUCCAAUUCUUAAAUCAGUAAUAAGAUCCUUGGUAGAUUUAAGUUUGGACAUUGAGGAAGAUUACUAUUUCAAUGUCAAAUAUUUACAUUUAAUCUCUAUGGAUGGAUUCAACUCUAGACUUCAACCAUUUAUCGGAGAUUAUUACAACUCUCUAUUUUCUGAAGUUCAAAAUGAUCACUGCAAAGGAGGAUCCAAAAAACGAGUUGCAUAUUAUCCCCUCUUCUACACAAUCGAUUUCGAACGAUUCCUUCUUCAGAAAACUGUUGAAUAUUAUACUAACGAAGUUUCAUCUCUCAUAUCAGAGUUGCUGAUAUCCUCGGAUAAAGCAGUGCUCACCUAUAUCAAGCAUACCCUAACACGCAUUGAACAAGAAAGCAACAAAAUAAUUUUACACUAUAUCAACGCAAGCUCUAAAGAUGUGCUCACCAAAAUUUGCGUUGAUAUUUUUGUGGAAGGAAUGAAUAUAGAUGUGAGUGACAUUGUUGAACGAUCUCCAAGGACCAUGCCACCAACUCAAUCCAUGUCCUCAUCAAAGGAUUUCUUGUUUAGUGAGAUUGAUCACUGGAUGAAUGAUGUUGAACGUUUUAAACAAGAAUUGGAAUUACUUUUCAAAGUAAUCAUGAAAUCAUCACGCAAAAAUGCAUUUAAUGUUCUUUCAAGCAAGCUGCGAGACAAAGUGUUGAUGGACAUUUCAAAUGAGCUCAAAUCUAAAUUUGAAAACUGCGCUGAAGAUGACAUUGACUCAAUUCUAUUCAUUGAAAUUUUUAUUGAAAAUUAUUUGAAAUUUGGAAGCAUUGUAAAGAACAUUUUUGGAGGUAACUUUGAUCUGAAUGUGACGAAAGAUAAGGCAUUUAAAGAAAUUUUCAAUAAUCCGCCUGUGUUUCAAACGAAUCCAAGCAUACGAAGUGCUGAGAGUUUGGCGAGAUAUACCAAUCAUUUGCUGAAAGCCACUUCUAAAACCUCCCUUCCAGCUAGUUCCUUAGAUGACUAUAAUUUUGAAGAUGGCUUAGAUCGUUGUGUAAUGAUUUGCACAUUGUUGAAUGACAUGGACGUUUUUGUUCAAUUUUACAAGGUCUUUCUUUCGAGAAGACUGCUAAUUUUUUCAUCAGAAAGCGACACCUCACAAGAAGAAAUCGAGUUGUCAAUGAUCAACAAGUUGAAAAAAGUUUGUCCAUUUAGCCAUAUUUACAAAAUUCAAACAAUGAUCAAUGACUUGGACGUCGCAAGAAGUUUAAAUGAACAAUUCAAGCAACACGAAAAUGAAAAGUCCAGUUCGACCAACUCACACAAGAUUUACCUUUCUUGCACAGUUUUAACUCGAGGAUAUUGGCCAUUGCAAGUAUCUUCUCUCACCUCUCCAAGCAAAAACAACAAGUUUGUUGUGCCUCACAUGUUGGUUGACCGUAUGAAUGAUUUUUCCAAGUUCUAUGCAAAUCUACACUCGGGCAGACAUUUAACAUGGCUUAAUAUCCUAUCCAAAGGAGUGGUGAGAGGACAUUUCAUGAACUCAUCCUCACCUUACUAUGACUUUAAUGUUUCAAUGGUUCAACUUGCAUUGUUACUUCCAUUCAACAAAAGACAUGGAUCCUCCAGUGAAUCCACGUCAGAGGAUGUGUCGACAAUCAAAUGGACGGUUCAACAAUUAAUGGAUGAGACUGGUCUGGAUUUUGAUGAAUUCGUUCAAGUAUUCACACCCUUGCAUUCUUUAAAGUUGUUUGACGUUGAACAUUUGACAGGCAACACUCUCUACCAAACAUCCAUUGUACGCGUUAACGAGAAUUUCAAAAGCAAGAAAAACAAAAUUGCUCUCUUCCAAUAUACGGUCAAGCAAUACAACGAAGCUGGAAGGGACCACCCAUUGAAUGACAAAAUUUAUUCUCAAAUUCAAGAAGAUCGAAGAUAUGUGAUCCAAGCAGCCAUUGUAAGAAUUUUGAAAUCACGAAAACUCAUUGAGCACAAGCAACUAGUGAACUUGUUACUCACACAACUUUCUCCAACCUUUAAACCCACAACUGUAGAUAUCAAAAGAGCGAUUGAUUCCCUUCUUCAGCAAGAGUACAUGAAACGUGUGAACGAGGAUUCGAGUUGGUAUCAAUAUCUAGCAUGA